AGCCUCUGUUCCUGGCCAAGGCCCAGCUGCUGCAGUCGGGCGCCAGGGCCCUGGGCGACGUCCCCGGGGUUAACGGCUUCCUCCCCCGGCGCCGGGACCGGCCCCACAAGCAGGAGGACCCCCUGGGCUAUUCCCACAGCCCCGGCUUCCCCGGACCCAAGCAGGACCCCCCGGGUGCCCACCUGGGCCAGCGCGGCAGGAGCAGCUCCUCCGAGGGGCUGGCGCCCCACAUCUGGAGCCGGCUGCAAUCCAGUGCCCCCAGGAAAAGCUACCGGCCCAGAUCCGUGGAGCCCUGGAUCGACCCGCUAAAUGCCUUUGAAGACGUCGUCAGCACGGAGAUGAGCCAGUCGGACAGCGGGGUGGAUCUCAGCAGCGACUCCCAGGUCUCGUCCGCCAGCUGCAGCCAGCGCAGCUCCCCCGACGGCGGGCUGAAGGCAACCCCUGAGCCUGGCGUGGGGGGCACACGGGGCACCGAGUCCGUGGCCCCCGGAGCCGAGGGGGCUGCGCCCCAGGAACAGGGCAGGAGGCCGGCGCCCAACGACACCAGCCCUCACAAGGACAAGAAGGCCGGCAGCCCCCCGGCUCUCCCCCGGGCCCCUCCCGGCCCAGGCCCCAUUGGGACGGAGCGCUCCCAGCGAGCCGAGAUGGCCAGAGAGAGCGGGGGGGGGGCCCGAGCCCGGCCCAGAGCCAGCGACCCCCAGCACUGGCCCCCCCAUCCAGUUCGGGGCCAGCGACAAGCUGGUGGGCGUGUCCCGGGAGUGGGAGCUGCUCCCGCCCCCCAGACCCAGCCUGGCCCCCCAGCCCAGAGCCCUGGCCCUGGGGCCGGCCGCCUGCCCCCCCGCGGAGCCCUCGGCGUACUCAGGUGAGAGGGGGCCGAGCCAGCGGCCCUACCCCGAGCUCUUCUACGGCAGCCAGCCCGGCGUGGCCCAGCAGGUGCCCAGCCCCCCCGUGGA